AUGGAUUCGGAGGACACAAGGCUGAGUAGCGAUGUAGAAUGUGUUUCCCAGAAGAUCAAAGAAGAAGGAGCUGUCGGUUGCUUAGAAAAGAUUCUGCUUGAGCAUAGAUAUGAUUCUGGCUAUGCGGAAAAGUUUUAUAAUGCCUUCAUUAACAAGGAAGACGAUUGGAUGGCUGAUGUAUAUGAAGUAUUUGGGAGGCGGUUUCUUCAGGGAAGAUCUUAUGGCGGUAUGGUUGGGGUGCUCCGGCCAUGGCUUAACUCUGUGAAGAAAAGAUGCAGUGUUGAGGAAUGUGUGAAGUUCUUUGAAUAUUUCAACAAGGUAUAUGAGGAGGUACCUGAGAGCACGAAGGAAGGAAUGCAUAGCGCAUUCCUUGGAAUUCUUUUGGACCUUAGCUGGGCAUUGAACAGAGGAGGAGUGCUAUAUGAAUCUUAUGUUGUGUGUGAGAAAGCGUGCGAGAUAAUAAUGCUGAUGGGAAAGUUUCCAUCGAAAUCCACAGCAACGUCGUAUAUGGAGCUUCUUUGUACGUUUUUCCUUGAAUCCUGCAUGCUCUUCUCGUAUGCCAAUGCUGUCAAUGUUCUCACAUCUUUGGAUCCUAGGGCUAUACGCAGCCAAUGCAGUAUUGAAGACUUUCGUGCGAUAUGUUCAUAUGGACACCUUAAGAAUGAGGGAGAUAAACUAAAGAAGCUGUUCUGUAGGGCCAAACCCUGCAAUCUAGAAAAGAUCGUUAGUGAUGUUGAGAAAAGGUGUUGUGGAAUUGAGGUACCUGGCGACACUCUUGUUCGAAGAAAGUUCGACUUUGAGAUGUGGAAUAGAUAUUCGGAAAGUAUUGGAAGUUGUAUUCCAAUUAGAGGAAAUAUGGAUCUGGUUGGGUUUAUGAAGAAGAACGACCUCAAGUUUUGUGUUAGAGAUGGGGAUAUCCUUGUCCAAGGGUUUGAAUACAAGAGCGUUGAAAAGAAAGUGUUCGAGAUCAUUGACGAGUACAAAGAAAAGGCAAGGCCUGUUUCGAAACCUAUUGUUGAGAGGAGGAGAAUUCCUGUGGUGAAGAAUGUUGAGAAGAAAGAAGAGCCUAUCCACCAAAGAAAGAGUGUCAGAUUCUGUGAUAGGUUUACUCCAAGAUACAAAAAGAUGAAGAUAUACUCAAGAUAUUACAUGGAGAACACAAAGGGGGUGCAAGAUUGCUGGUAUGAAAAGAGAAAUGAAGAUAUGAAAGAGAGAUUUGAGAGGGAGGAAAAAGAGCUUAGAAGUAAACGAGAGGCUCUGAGGGCAUACUCUGGGAUUGUUGAGGAGAUGAGGGAAGCUCUAUCGAGGAAGAUAGAAGGGUCUGAAAGAAAGGUUGGGGCAUCUACACCAAUGAAGCCAGCCAAAGGCAUGCAUUGGAGAAAUGAAACCAAUGAAGCCGAGGUGUAUAAGCCUCCAAGUCCUCGGGUGUCUAUAAGUCAGAAGGCCUAUGUUCCUCCAGUGGAUGCAUUCAGACACGUAUCAUCAAGCAGCCUUGAGAGAAAAGAUGACUCAAAUCCAUUUAGAAGGAAUAGAAGGAAUGCCCGGAAUAAUUCCUGGUAUUCUGAAGGUAAAGACGGUGAAUCCGAAAAAAAUAAUUAA